AUGGAUUCGGUACUUGUUUGUGAUAUCGUGCAAAUGUUCCCAGUGUCCACGCCUUUGCCCAAGCGCCUAGCCGAGGCAGACACCGUUACGGACACGCCGCUCAAUGCUCUGGAGUUUUUCACGCCGCUUCAGCGAGUUUCGAGCAAUAAUUACACCGAGUGGGGCACGUCACAGCGUACAACAUCAAAACCUAUUUCCACUAAUGACCAGAAAAGGACAACUACAAUGGUCCCUAACCAGUCCAGCGACCUUUCUGGUCCCCUAGAACCCCUUCCAACGCUGAAUUUCCAUUCCAAAUUUACUAUUGAAAAAAAUAAAGUUGACCCAGCGAACAACCAGUCAAAAGCACCACCAUCACAACCACUCUAUUAUCGGCCGCCAGUAUCGUCCGACAAUCUCUUUGGCGUGAACCACCUAAUUCCUCCUCGUAUUAAUCGAAACUUUCUGGUUCGUCAAAGUGAACCUCAGUUACCACCCAAAGUUGAUGCAGAGGUAGAUAAUGCUCCUUCUGGUGAAUGGACCAGCAGUGUGGUCAAAGAGGCACUCAGAAGACAGGUCAAUACUGAACGAGAAGUACGCAGAUUUGGAGCCAAUAUACUCUACAUUGCGGCAUUCAAGCUACUUGUUCAAAUCGGACACUACUUUCUAGCAUUGUAUCAGGCUGAGUUUCAAGCACCCUCAAGUUUCUACCAGAAGCACUACUCGUCAGCAUCGGCUCUGUACGCCAACUACAUCAUCAAAGCUGUCUACGCACUCUUUGUGGGUAACAUUGUCGUUGCUCUGUAUCGACUUCUUCGCUCCCAAGAUCAGUGUCUCGACUUGCCAUUGACCAACCAGCAGCGAAGGCUUUGUGGCUUGAAACCACUCGAGUCGAACGAGGAUGACACCGCCUUGAAAAUGAAGAAAAGGCGGUUCGAAUUGACCCACCAAGGAACCACAACCCAAGUUCCAAAGUAUGGACAAACCUACGGCCCUAUGCUGGCCCCAGCGACCUCUACAGACAUUACAGCACAGAUAAUUCCUCGGUCCUCUGGCAUUUACCGGAGUGAACUGCCGCAAAAUCGGCUGCAACUUCGGCUGCGACUUGAACCCGAACCGAGCCAAUUUCUCCGCCUGCGUCCCAAACUUGCCCUAAACAACACAAUUAGCGGACCCGACCGUCACGAGGCCGAGCGCAAGUUUAAGAGCCAUUUCAACAUUGAUUUUCUGUAG